CUGCACCAGGGAAGCUCCAGGUGCCCAUUUAUUUUAGCCAGAUCCACUUGGGGAAUCACUGCGGGCCGGUUAGCCAAGAGUUCUUCUGGGUUUCUGCACAAGAAAGAUCCUCACUAUAAUCCAGCAUGUCGAAUUUUUCCUCGAGAAAAAAGUCUCCUACUGGAAAUGAUGUGAAGAGCACCCAGGGGGCUGCCCUGAGACAACAGGGUUUUCAUGAUGUGAACAGAAGAAGGGCUUUCUUACAGGAUAACAGCUGGAUAAAGAGGCGCCCUGAGGAAGAAAAAGAUGAAAAUUAUGGCAGAGUGGUGCUUAACCGGCAUAACUCCCAUGAUGCCUUGGACAGGAAAAUAACUGAGAGAAGUGAACCAAAAGCCAUGCUUAGCCGGUACAGAUCUGAUGACGCGCUGGACAGAACACUAUCCGUGUUUAGGACACCAGAAGCAACCAAGACGCCAGCUGGAAGCUCCCCUAACGCAAACACUACCACCAUGGCUACCACACCUGCUACCACCCCUGGGAAGAAAAAGAGACUUCUCAGUAGAGAUCUCAGCUACAGCUGCAAUCUGAAAUUAUAUCCUUGUACUAUGAGGUCAUCAUUCUGGCAGAUGUUGAAGCCGAGACAGUCCUGGUUCCCACCACCCCCUCCUGGUCACAAUGCCUCUCCAAGCACUGGAGCAAGCAGAAGGGAUCCUGCUGUUCACCCUCCAAUCCCUCCGAAACCCUGUUCUCCCGUUGCUUCUCCUAAACAACUGAGACGGGAUAACAGGCAGAUACAUGCAACUACAGCAGGUGCAUAUGGAGAAGCCAAUAGGCAUGCUGAAAGAAAUAUCAGGACUGAGGACCUAGAUGACAUCAUCAGGGUGGCCGCUUCACUUCAGAAAACUGACAAGGGUGAAGAACUGGACAAUCUCAUCAGAAUGAAUAAAAGCUUGAACAGAAAUCAAGGUCUUGAUGGCCUCUUCCGAGCAAACCUGAAGGCCCAGCAGAUAGACAAAAGAGCCCAGAGUCUUGAAAGUCUCAUCUAUAUGAACACCCAGAUGGACAGAGAUGGCAAAGGAAAUCAAGCCUUUGGAAGUCUUAAGAAAAUCAAUCAAAGGACGGACAAAGAGAAAAGAGGUAGAGAUCUUGAUAAUGUUAUGAAGAUCAACCCCAAAGGACAUGAAAACACCUCUGGAAAACAAGACAUCGAUGGAUUGAUUAAAGAGAAUCCUGAAGCAAAUAAAAAUAUAAAGAGGGGCCAGAGCCUUGACAAUCUGACCAAAGUCACCCCGGAAGUAAACAGGAGUAACCAAGGUGGUCAGAGUCUUGACAGUUUCAUCAAAGCUGUGCCCACAACCAACAGAGCUAACCACGGACACCAAGAUCUUGAUAAGUUCAUCAAAGUAAAUCCUGAUGUUCUUGCAAACAACCAAAGAAACCAUGAUCUGGAUGGCAUCACCAGGGGGAAUCCUACAGUGAUCAGACAUGAUCAAAGCCAAGACUUGGACAAUCUUAUUAAAGUGAAGCCUUCUGCUCUCAGAAACACAAAUCGAGACCAGGGCCUAGAAAAUUUGGCUGAAAGAGAUUCUCACAUAUCUGAAAAUAAGAAUGGAAGGCUAGAUGGCCAAGUCAAUGGCUUCACCAACACUCUACUCAAGGAGUCCACAAGAACCUCUGUCUAUUCUUAUGAGGCCAGAAACAGCCUCAGCUCUAAUACUGGAACCAGGAAUGCUGGCCCUAAGGACACGGUUAUCUAUACAAGGACCUAUGUGGAGAACAGUAAAUCACCAAAAGAUGGAUAUCAGGAAAAUAUCUCAGGAAAAUAUAUACAAACUGUUUAUUCAACUUCAGAUAGGUCUGUCAUUGAAAGAGAUAUGUGCACUUACUGCCGCAAGCCCUUGGGGGUAGAGACUAAAAUGAUUUUAGAUGAACUACAAAUCUGCUGCCAUUCCACUUGCUUUAAGUGUGAAAUAUGCAAGAAGCCUUUGGAAAAUCUACAAGCAGGUGACAGUAUCUGGAUUUAUAGACAGACCAUACAUUGUGAGCCUUGUUACUCUAAAGUGAUGGCAAAGUGGAUUCAGUAACACUGGUAUGUGGAAAUGACGAAGAAAAGCCUUCAUUUAAGGAAUUCAAAGCUACAUUUUAAGAAUAUAUAUAUGCUCUAGAAAAGAUUUACAUUGAAGAUUAUCUCUUGUAUCAAAAUAACAAUUUUGUUAUUGUACAAAUAAUCUAAUUACUUUGAAUAAGGUCACAUACAUGAAAAGAACAUCUGAUAUCUGGUAAGAUUUAGUGAUAAACAUUCACAUAGUUCUAGCUACCAAAGUCAAUGUCAGUGAGCAGUGUCAGCCCUGAACAGGCCAUCCCUGUUCUAUAUUUGACUGCCCAUCUUGAUUUUCAUUAUAACCAAGUUUCCUAUCUUCUAGCCUAUAUUCCCCUAAUAAUUUGUAUUAGAGCAUUGUUGACCUCCUGACAAAUAGGCAUAGAAGCAAGAUAAACUUGUUUUUUUCUGCAAAAGAAAAUGCACAUAGAAAUUUUCUUAUAGUUUUUCAGCAAGAUCAAUGUAACAAGUUGUUUGUACCUUAGAAAAUUACUUAAAGUUUCCUGACUUCUGUGACACCACAGGCAUUAGUCAAAAUGAUUUCCAAGGUCCCUUUUUGUUUUUCCAGUUGUCUGAUUCUAAAAGAAAUUUAAGUUUGCUAUUUAGAAAUAUGUUGGUAUAGUUGUUAACAGUAUUGGGACACAUAAAUAAUUUCACCUAAUUAUUUUCCUUCAGUUUAUCACAGGCAUAUCUUUUAUAGACUAUUCUUAAAACUGAAAUUUAUAGCUUUAUGGGUGAUAGGUAAAAUCAUAUGAUGUGUAAUUUGUUAAACUUUCUUUGCAUGCAUUUCAAAAUCUGGGUGUACAAAUUCUCUGAGAAGUAAUAGCUAUGGAUUAUAAACAUGUUAUAUGUGUGCAUGUUACAGUUUAUGUUUACAGAUG